AUGGUGUCUUUGGAAUCCAAAGCGGCAUGGGGGUCACGGGCAAGAGCAAUUGGGGUGCCAGAUGGUUUUAUUUCAGAAUUGAAAGACGCCAGUUUGGACACUUUUGGACAAUGGGCUUUCUGUUGUGCGUCUGACCCUAGCAGUGCAGAUGACACGCCAGUCAAAGAGGCAGUCCAGACCCUAAUUGGCAGAGAAGUGACUCCCCAAGAAAUGAUUUACUGUCGCAAGCUUUUCUUUGAGGGCAAAACCUAUGCAGUAUCAGAUAUGCAAGCUCGUAUUGACCGUAGUGCUGAUGACAAACCUCGGGUGAUGCCGCUGGCGGAAAGGAUGGCUCGCAUAGAAAGGCAGAAAUCAACGCUGGUUGGAGUCACCUGGACAGCAGAAUUAGAGCCAGCUCAUAAGCUGGUAGACAAGAUAUUGACCAUGAAGGAAGAUGGCACUUUAGUGUUUAUUCCACCUCAGAAGUGCAUCAGCCGUAUCCAGGAGAUCCAACAGGAGAAACAUGAGGUUGCUUUAACCUUCGAUGCUACUGGGAAUGUCAAGAUGGGCAAGCGUGCUGAGGAGUUGAAGUGUGAUACAAAUGGAGACUUGAACCUCAGGAACGCAUGGACACGCAGAAACUUAGCAUUUGACCAGGCUGGUCUGGCAAGCUUUGUCGUGCUGGAAAAGUGGGCAACGAAGCUGAUGCUGGCAAAGCUCAAAGAGCCACCUUCAGGCCAAAAACGUGAAGCCACCGAAUCAUCAGCAGCACCAGCUCCUAAGAAGCCAAAGCCGGCAGCAGAAGAAAGUGGAGGCGCUCCAAAGGCGCCGGCAGCACCUUCCGGUAACAACUGGAGAAAGCUUCCUCAAGGUUGCCAGCGUAAAGGACAGAAUGGAUGGCGGUGCCUUAAAUAUCAGUGGGGACUUUGCAACAAGCAGAAGGAAAGCAAGUGCAAGUUUGGAAUCCACGAGUGCUUCAAGUGCGGAGCAAAGAGGCCAUAUAAUCAAUGUGAACACUGA